GGUGAGGGUUUUGCCUACAUUUUAACAACCAAGAUCGUCCUUUGCUGCUGCUUUUGGAUUGAGAACUCGAGAAACUCUAAACCACGAAGAUCACUGCAUUUAACAAUCAAAAGUGUCAAUUAUUAGAAAACCAGAACAACACAAGAGUGAGCGCACCGCACCGCUGAAUCUCCCCCAAAUUCAAAAAUCUCCUGAUCGAAUCAGAUCUAGACACCAAUUUCAGAAUCUCCUCGAACUCCAGCUCGUCGCAGGGGAUCCGCAGCGGGCCGGCGUGGGCGAAAUCGAACUCCUCCUCGGCCUAAGCCAGGAUGCGAUUGAAGAUUGGAUGGUUCAGGUGCGUCACCCGCACGACGAAUCUCCGACAGCUCCCGCUGACGCAGAUGGCAACGUGGCAUGAACAGGAAGAGAGGAAGCGAGGAGCAGAGCAGGAUUUUUACGGCCGGGAUCUGGAGUUCUUACGACCAGGAGCAUGGGAGCGAGUCGUGACGAAGAGUACUACCGCAGAGCAGGAUUUUGGCGAUGCCACUGGACGACCUAUUCCCCUCGACGAACUCGUUAGCAGCCGACGACGGCGGUGGUCGCGGAGCGCUGGACUAAGAUAGAACGACGGCGUUGCAGAGGAGGAGAGUCAGAGUUUGGGCGGCGCCGUUGGACUUCACCCGACGACGACGGUGGUCGCGAUGCUUUGGACGGAGAAAGAAAGGCAAAGUUGACGA